AUGCAGACAAUUAUUUUGCUCGUACUCGUCGCAUUUAUCGUUCAGUCCUCCCUGCAAUGGACCGACUCUGACGGCAGUUUAGUGAUUCGAGCAAAACGAGCAGAGGCUGAGGGAAGUGGUGAGGGCAGCUCAGAAUCUCACGAAGAGGUGGAGAGGUCAGGAGAAGGAUCUGGUGAAGAAUCAGGUGAAGGAUCCGGGGAAUCCGGUGAGGCAGUGGAAACAUCUGGCGAAGGAUCAGGAGUUGAGGCUAGUGCCGAAGGUAGUGCGGAAGCAAGUGCAGAAGUGGAGAACGAGAAACCGUCGAAAUCUGGGAAAUCUGGGAAAGCGAAAGCGGAUUUAGUUGCGACCAUCUAG